AUGAAGUUGACAGAAGCCCUACUCAACAUGGGCUUUCAACAAAGUUACUAUGAUUACUCUUUGUUCACAAAGAAGGCUGGAGAUGAUAUAGUUGUCAUAUUGGUCUAUGUUGAUGAUCUUCUGAUUACUGGGAACAAUCAACAAUUGUUAUGCAGUACUAGAUCAGACCUUAUGAAGAAUUUCAAAAUGAAGGAUCUAGGAGAGCUCAAAUUCUUCUUAGGGUUUGAGUUUGCAAGGUCCAAAAGAAGAAUUCUUAUGUACCAAAGAAAAUAUGCCUUAGAGUUAAUUUCUGAGUCUGGUUUGAGUGGUGCAAAGCCAGCUGGAACACCACUAGGACUGAAUCAGAAGCUAACUUCAGUAGAAUAUGAUAAUUACUUCAAGAAUGACAACAUCCAGACAGAUGAGAGUCUUGACAAUCCUGGUGCUUACCAAAGACUCAUUGGAAGGUUGCUGUAUCUCACUAUGACAAGACCUGAUAUUGCAUUUGUGGUUCAGGUUCUUAGUCAGUAUAUGCAUUAUCCUAAAAGGUUUCACAUGGAAGCAGCACUGAGAGUUGUAAGAUACAUAAAAGAGGCUCCUGGUUUGGGGCUGUUCUUGCCUGCAGAGCCUUCAAAUCAACUAAGUGCCUUUUGUGAUUCAGAUUGGGGGGAUUCUAAGAAGCAGAGCAAUGUGUCCAGAAGCUCUACUGAAGAUGAGUUUAGAAGCAUGGCUUUAUGUGCAGCAGAAGUUACCUGGCUAGUAGGACUGUUCAGUGAACUUGGUGUUAAAAUUGAGCUUCAUAUUACUCUAGUGUGUGACAGCAGAGCUGCAAUUCAAAUUGCAGCAAUUCAAUCUUCCAUGAAAGGAUAA